AUGGCUUCCCCAAAUAUGGAGUCCCCUCUGGUGGUGGCUGAGGCUACUCACGACAUAGUGAUGGAUCUGGGCUUGGUCAGUAUUUUUGGGCCCUGCCUCGGCGCCAAUGACCCAGACACAAUGGCCUCAUGCAGGUUGUGGAUGUCGCGUACGUUGCCUCGUCUUCUUCAGCGUGUGCUUUCAAACAAGCAGACGCUGAUCAGGGAUCUAGGGGAAAGCUGGUAUUCCUCCCUGGAUCAAUUGCUUACACAGCGGCAUGAGACCCCCGGCCGCUUGCGUGCCGACAUCCUUGAAUACACCCGGGCAACUGAGGGUGCUAUCGGUAAUCGAAAGGUCUACGGGGGUCCUCUUGGAACGAGUGGCAUUGAGCUCUCGGUAUUCUUUCGUUCUUUGGGAGACAUUUGGACAAAAGACGCUCGUAAACCCGACCUAGCGGCCGCGUUUUCGGAAUCGCUUUUGCAGGGGGCCGAGGAGGAGAUGCUCACAGAGAUGGGGCUCCAGUAUUCGACCCACAGCAUGAGAAGCGCCGUGAAGAACAUCUGCCUGCUUGCAAGUUGGCACCACACCAAGUUUCUCAACAGGGUGUUGUCUAUCCUGUCAAUCGUGGACGAAUCCAAGACGAACGAACUUAUCACAUUCGUCACGGAAGAGUCCAAUAAGGCCAACGCAGAGAUUGAUGAUCUGGAGGAUGCCAAUGCGUUUCUGAGACACCAGCUGGAGGCAAGUAGCAGGGAGUUGGCCGUCAAGGACAGGAUGAUCCAAGAUAUGAUGGUGAGACAAGACGCUGCUCAUACCGAGCAACAGCUCAAAUAUGAGCAGAAAGUUAGAGAGCUGGAGGAGAAACUGAAGGCAUACCAGUCAGGCAAGUAG